AUGUUGAAAGUGUUUUGGCAAGGCUUCGAGGACGUCCAGUCAUCAUGGGAGCCGCUCAAGAAGUUAAUGCGCGAAUGCCCAGCCGUGGUCAAAAUGUAUGUGGCGACCAAGAAGGACGCCGAAGACUAUGAGACAUUGGCCAAGGCGAUGAAGCGGGCAAAGACAGUGCAGUAG